UACAGUCGCUGGGAAUGGCGGAGGGAGGUAGAGUGCGGAGGCAGGCGGGCGUCUGAGCUGCUUCUGGGGCCGCUGUGGAGUGGAGUAGUGCUCUCUUUCCGCGGUCGGGGGAGCUUGUCUCCACUCAGGCCUCAGAGGUAAACCAAGAUUUCAUGUUCAAGAUGGAGAGUCCAUCAGACUCAGCUGUGAUUUUACCUAGCACUCCACAGGCCUGUGCGAAUCCACCAUCUCCCCAUACCAAUAGUUCACGAAAACAACCUAUGAGCGCAACACUUAGAGAAAGAUUAAGGAAAACAAGAUCUUCAUUUAAUUCCCGUUACAGUGUGGUAAAACGUCUUAAAAUAGAGAAUGAAGAAAAUGAUCAGAGUUCUUCAGAGAAACCGUCUUCAACAGAACAAAACUGCUUGGAAUUUCAGGAAGGUUUUAAACACAUAGACAGUGAAUUUGAAGAAAGUACAUAUUUGAAAAAUACCGUCAAGAAUAUCAGUGCAUGUGAAUCUAAAUCACUUGAUACUGGAUCAUGCAGUGCUCUCCAAAGUGAUUUUGUGAAUGAGACUCUUUCUAAAGAAGGGUUAAAUGAAGAAAAGGCAAAAUUGGUGAAGCAGGUUCAGGAGAAAGAAGACCUUCUUCGCAGGCUAAAACUAGUGAAAAUGUAUAGAUCAAAGAAUGACCUGUCUCAGUUACAGUUGUUAAUAAGGAAGUGGAGAAGCUGCAGUCAGCUGUUGCUUUAUGAGUUGCAGUCGGCUAUGUCUGAAGAGAACGAGAAACUAAGCCUUACUCAAUUGAUAGACCACUAUGGGUUAGAUGAUAAAUUGCUGCACUACAACAGAAGUGAAGAAGAAUUUAUAGGUGUUUAAUAUUUUUUCCUCCAGAAUAUCUUUGAGAAUGGUAACUUAAUUAAAAGAUGCUUAUACAUUUUAAAUGGAAGAUAUAAACCAUUAGGCCUUAGAGGAAGGUAUCUUGAUGAACAUUAGUUUAGGACAUUCUUGUACAUAAAUGUAAAUUAAGUUCUAAAAUGAAAUUUUAGUAUAUUGGAUAGA